AUGUGUAUCGUACUGGUCUCAACCGCCCACCCUGCCUAUUCGUUGAUCAUUAUUGACAAUAGAGAUGAAUUCCUUCGACGACCAACCUCGUUGCCAGAGUGGUGGCCGGAGCCAGCUUCGCAUGUCCUCGGCUCACGCGACUUGGCGCGAGCCACGCAUGGCACCUGGAUGGGAGUCACCAAGCAAGGCAAAGUAGCAGUGCUCACCAACUACCGCGAGGAUAGUUGCGCCCAGGCCGUCGGGGUACAUAGCCGUGGCCGGAUUGUCAACAGCUGGCUCACCAGUUCCCCGAGCGAGGGUCAGACCACCCACAGCUUUGUCCAGGAGAUGGUCGCCAGCCCGGAAGCCAAGCAAGUUGGGGGAUUUAGCCUGGUUUGUGGUCGGAUCAAUGAACCCCUGGCCAUUGUCUCCAACCGUUCAUCCGACAUGGACCAAAUCACCUGGGUAGCCGCGGAGAAGAAUCAAACCCGAGGGAUCAGCAACACCAGUGUCGAUGAUCGGACAUGGCCUAAGAUACUAAUUGGUGAAAACCUCAUGCAACGUGCUAUCGAGGACCAUGUGAAAGCUCAGGAAGAUGAGGAGAUCCUACUCCAGCGGCUCCUUGGGGUGCUCAGCACCGACACCUUGCCGCGACUACCGGAAGGAACCAACGUCGACACUUACAUCCCACACCUACGGAAGAGUAUAUUUGUUCCCGUGAUCGGGGCCGAGGACGAUAUCAACCGAACGGCCGAAGAUGUCGCGGCCGCCCGCGUUGAGGACGAAAUGAAGCAGCCUCAGACCAUCGGACCCCUGGACCAGAAUUAUUCCACGGGCCUGUACGGGACCCAGAGGCAGACAAUUAUCCUGGCUCGGCCCGAUGGUCGAGUUCGGUAUUUUGAGCGGACCCUGUAUGAUAACGAUGCCAAGGCCGUGCCCGUCGGACAAGGCGAUCGGUCUUUUGAGUUUCACGUCGAACAAUAG